AUGACUCCAACUUCCCCUGACCAACGCCUCUUGGAUAGGUAUCAGGUCUAUCAGGCGUUCGGCCGCUUUGUCGCUGCCGAGUUCAUCAACACCAUCGUGCUACCGGCGAUCCUCUCGCGACUCUACAGCCUGCGAGGCAGGAAGUUUGAGGAUUCAAUCAGAUCCAGUUGGCCCUUCCUCGCUGCCAGAAUUCUCACGGCAUUUCUACUUGGCAUACUCCCACACACCGGCGUGGAAAUACCUUUCUUCGGUACCAACGUGACUCUGGUUCGGCCAAUCUUUCCUGAGAGUUGCGAAAAAUCAAUCGAACUCCUCGGUCUCAAGAAGGGAGUCUCUGCGUGGCCCUGCCAAAGAGCAAAAAUGACUUCGGCUGUGGCCACCGGUUCUCUCGACAUGCAGUCGUUCAUUUCGAUCGUCAACGUUCAAGAGUUCCUCACUGGCUGGAUAUGCCUCGUCGUCUGUCAUGUUCUUCGCCACUACUUGCCCAAGGCGAUCAAUCUUGGCUUGCCAGCGGAUGCUCAGAAUCACAAUGAAGGCAGACCAGGGAAUCAAGAGAUCGAACAAGGCUCCAGGAUCAAGGCCCUGUGA